AAUAAAACAAAUGAAUGAUAUUGUUGUAGCAUCAACACCUAUUCAUCAACAACAAAAUAAAAAUCAAAAUAAAUUAACAAAAUUACCUUCAAUUAGAUUAAGAAGAGAAACUGAAAGUGAAGAAAGUAGAGCAAGAAAAAAAGAAUUGAAAAUUUUUGCCCAAAAAAUAAGAAGAGCUGGGCUUAUACGAGAACACCAAACAUGGACACUUUCACAAGGAAUAAUAAUCUAUAAGGAGGCUUUUAAAGGAGAAGAUUUUGUAACGUGGCUUAUGCGAGAUCAGAAAAUAUACAGAAGUGAAGCAAUACAAAAAGGGCAAUACUUACUGGAUGAAAAUGUUAUAGAAUUAAUGGAACAAAAAAGAAGCGGGUCCAUCGACAAUACAAGCCCUGUACCAAUGAUAGAUGAACAACAGAUAAAAGAAAAUAAUAGUAAAGAAACAAUGACAUCAAGACGUUCAAUGACAACAUUACCAGAAAUGGGGAGAUCGUUUAGUACAGAACGUUACUACAAACUUGUGGAUGGAGAAAGUGAUCAAAAAUUGCCUUUAAAUAUGAUACAUGAUGAAAAUGAAGACAUAAAUAAUUUUGAAGUAGAAGACAAGCCAAAAAUAAACGUGAAAGAAUUUAACAAGAGAUUCAUUUCAGUUAUUGAUAAAAUUUAUGAAAGAAUUUUAUCAGAAAAUAAAAGGGUAAGAGCCCCAAAAAAACAACAAAAUUAUAAAAACAACAAAAUUUUACAGACAGUCCAUCUGGAUUUAUUAGACGAUUUCGAACCAUUUCAAACAGAAUAUGCUUCAUUAGCUCAAGAAAUAGCUUAUUUGAACUUAAUUGAAGCUAACGAACAAGAAAGAUUGGCAAUAUUUAUAAAUAUAUACAAUAUAAUGUUGAUACAUAUAAGCUAUAAAUAUGGAUUGCCCGGAACUAUAUGGCAGAGGAGAAAGUAUUUAUAUUUUACUUAUUACAAUGUUGGAGGGCAUCUAUACUCAUUACAAUCAAUUUUUAAUGGGAUUUUGCGUGGUAAUCAUACAGGUUUGGGGAUGUUGUGGAAGCCCUUUGGUGAACAAGAUUAUAGAAAUAAGUUCAUUAUACGCGGAGGUGAACCACUUGUUCACUUUGGCUUAAAUAAUUAUACACGUUCAACCCCUCCAAUCCGUACUUAUUCUAUUGAAGGAAUUUAUGAUGAAUUGAGUGAUAAUGCAAGGCAAUGCUUAAAGAGUAGUGAAUUUUUACAAGUUGAUUUGAAGGGAGAAAAAGUUUUGGUUGCAAAAUUGUUCAAACAAUACAGUGAAGAUUUUUGUAGUUUAGGCACAAAAAGGAGCACAGAUGAGUUAUUAAAAUGGCUAGUCAAUGUUUUGAAACCAAAUGAUGAACGUGCCCAACAAUUAACAAAAUUAUUGAAUACAAAAAACUAUACAAUUGGUUACUUAACUAUGGAUAAUGAUUUAAACAUAAGUUAUGGCAUAACACAAUAUAAAAAUAGACACGAACAAUUUGAUGAUGAAAAUGAUGAUUUGAUAUUAUAA